AGACCAUCACAACAAUUUGGACAGACAAAUGCUGUCUGGACAACAGGACCGACAGCGGCACGAAGCGGCUAUCGUUACGCCUUUAUCGACUCCUCGUACGACGUAAAUGCCGCCAUGGAAGUAAAACAUAGCUUUACAGGACCAGCUUGCGUUUCCAUUGGCUAUCACAUGAACGGGAAUAACAUAGGAACUCUCUCUGUGAGGCUGGUUGAUGAAAAUGGCGCCAAUGAGGAGUUGGCCUGGAGCAUUACUGGUCCACAGGGAAAUCAGUGGCAUUAUACUGAAUUUGAUAUUAAAAAUGUCACUAAUAGAAGGAUUAUCAUUACUGCUGACAAGGGUAACAACACACCUGACGACGAGGGAGACAUCGGCAUUGACGACAUCAUGGUUCUCAACCAGCCUUGUGAAUAAUAAACGGAUGGAGACA